GAUUUUAGGUAGGAAUCCCAAGAAGAUGAACACAGAUUUUUCCGGUUAUACCAAUUCAGUCAACUCUGACCUUUCUUCAAAUGGGGAAACAGAACAACUGGAGAAUUCUGCGUUAUGUGUGACAAAGCAAAUUGAAAUUGACGAAAAUUGCCAGUCACACUCCAGUCUAGAGGUCAAUGUGUCCCAACCAGAAACAGAAGGUAGUGCAUCUAACGGCGAUCAGAACACAGAAUCAAUAAACGGAGACAAGACGCAAGGAAGUGUUGAUGAGGAAAAGGAUGAGGGGGAGACGGAAGAAUGGCUUGAUAUUUUAGGCAGCGGACAGCUUAAGAAGAAAAUACUGAAACGUGCAGAAAGUAGUUACAGACCGCAGCGUUCACAUAUAUGUGAAAUUAAUUUAGAAGGUCGUUUACCAGAUGGCACUAUUGUUGAUAAGCAUGAUCAUCUUAGUAUCCAAAUUGGCGAUGCAGAG